UGUUCUCAUUGUUUCUGUCUGACUUUACUAGAGCUCAACCUGGGGCAUUUGAUAUAUCAAAAUUUGGUGGUGCACCAAAUGCAGAUAUAACACAGGCUUUCUUAAGUGCUUGGAAAGAAGCAUGCGCAUCAACGGUAGCAGCAAAAAUUACGAUCCCAAGUGGUUCAUACAGAAUGAAUGCAGUGGACGUGAAGGGUCCUUGCAAGUCUCCCAUUGAAAUUCAAGUUGAUGGAACAAUUCAAGCACCUGCAAAUCCUUCUGAUCUUAAAGGUGCAGAUCAAUGGAUCAAGAUUAAUUACGUUGACUUUGUAACCGUCUCAGGUCAUGGAAUAUUUGAUGGUCAAGGUGCUGCUGCUUGGAAAAUCAAUGAUUGUGGAUCUAACAAGAACUGCAAAAUGUUGUGCAUGAAUUUCGGUUUCAACUUUGUUAAAAAUUCAGUAGUUCGAGAUAUAACAUCGAAGGACAGCAAAGACUUCCAUUUUAACGUGUUGGGGUGCAGCAAUUUCACAUUUGACGGGGUGAAAAUCGAUGCACCGGCUACUAGUCUCAACACAGAUGGAAUCCACAUAGGAAGAUCAACCGGCAUAAAGAUCCUUAACACAAAAAUUGGCACCGGUGAUGAUUGCAUCUCACUGGGUGAUGGUAGCAAACAAAUAACGGUUCAAAAUGUGAAUUGUGGACCUGGCCAUGGAAUCAGUGUUGGAAGCCUUGGAAGGUACCCAAAUGAAGAACCUGUUGAAGGCUUCUAUGUCACCAAUUGCACUUUGACUAAUACUGCAAAUGGUGUGAGGAUCAAAACGUGGCCUGAUUCUACAGGAACAUCACCUAUCACUGAUAUGCAUUUUGAGGAUAUUACUAUGGUUAAUGUCAUGAAUCCUGUUAUCAUUGACCAAGAGUAUUGUCCAUGGAAUCAGUGUAACAAACAGAGUCCAUCAAAAAUAAAGAUAAGCAACGUUUCGUUCAAGAACAUUAAAGGAACAUCAGGAACUGCAGAUGGGGUUCUUCUUACAUGUAGCAGUAGUGUACCUUGUGAAGGAGUUGAGCUUGCUAACAUUGAUCUCACAUUCAAUGGUGCAGCAGCAACCGCUAAAUGUGCUAAUGUCAAGCCUACUAUUACUGGAAAAGUUCCAGCUUGUGCAUCAACUUAAUUAUUACAA